AUGGAGAGAGGAAUGACUGUGGUUGUUGCUGUUAAUGAUCCUGGUCGACCGUCGCUCGAACUCCCGCUGCCAUCUUUCCACAGAUUUCAGUCUACUGUGUUCGCUCGAACUCCCGCUGCCAUCUUUCCACAGGUUUCAGUCUAUUGUGUUCGCUCAAACUCCCGCUGCCAUCUUUCCACAAGAUUGGAUGUCUCAAACUUCGUGUUCUGCAACAAAUCCCUCCCACUGGAGGCAAGGGCUAAGGACUUGGUAGAUAGAAUGAGCCUAUCUGAGAAGACGCAACAACUCGGAAACAGUGCAGCCGGGGUCCCUAGGCUUGGCCUACCCAGUUACGAAUGGUGGUCUGAGGCUCUCCAUGGAGUUACCAGCUCAGGUCGUGGUACCCACUUUGAUCAGGCUGUUCCCGGAGGAACAAGCUUUCCCACUGUUAUUCUCAGCGCUGCAUCUUUCAAUGCAUCACUGUGGAAGAACAUGGGCCAGGUUGUCUCGACGGAGGCAAGAGCUCUGUACAACUUGGGUCGUGCUGGAUUGACUUACUGGAGUCCAAACAUUAAUGUGAUAAGGGAUCCAAGAUGGGGAAGAGUGAUGGAGACACCAGGAGAAGAUCCGUUUGUUGUGGGUACUUACGCAGUGAACUACGUUAGAGGUUUGCAAGACAUCGAGGGACAGGAAAACCCAAAGGAUUUGAACUCUAGGCCUCUGAAGGUCUCUUCAUGUUGUAAGCAUUAUGCUGCUUAUGAUGUUGACCACUGGUAUGGAGUUGAUCGCAGAGGUUUUGAUGCAAGGGUUGCCGAGCAAGAUAUGUUGGAAACAUUUUUGCGUCCCUUUGAGAUGUGCGUCAAGGAAGGAGAUGCUAGUUGUGUUAUGUGCUCCUUCAACAAGAUUAAUGGCAUCCCUGCUUGUGCUGAUCCAAGGCUCCUGAAGGAAACCAUCAGAGGAGAUUGGGGUCUACGCGGCUACAUCGUGUCAGAUUGUGAUUCAGUCCAAGUGAUUGUUGAAAACAACAAAUGGCUCGGCGAUUCACCUGAGGGUGGUGUUGCUCAAGCUAUGAAAGCAGGCUUGGAUUUGGACUGUGGAUGGCCAUACUUGUCAUACUACUCCAACUACACUUUGAACGCAACAAAAAUAGGAAGAAUCAAGGAGGCAGACAUAGACAAGGCUUUGAUCAAUCUCUAUGUUUUGCUCAUGAGAGUUGGUUACUUUGAUGGCAGCCCUUCUUUCAAAUCUCUUGGAAAGGACGAUAUCUGUGCCGAUGUCCACAUUGAGCUUGCAGCUCAGGCAGCCAGGGAAGGAAUUGUUCUGCUCAAGAAUGACAACGCCACCUUGCCUCUGAGCUCCAAUACCUUCAAAAAUCUUGCUUUGGUUGGGCCACAUGCAAAUGCUACCGAAGUCAUGAUUGGAAACUAUGCUGGUCCUGCGUGCAGAUACAUCUCUCCCAUUGAUGGUUUCUCUGCAUUUGCUAAAGUUCAAUAUGCAAUGGGAUGUGCUGAUGUUGCUUGCGCAAGCGGCAGCUUGAUGACCCCAGCCAUGGAUUUAGCAAAGAAUGCAGAUGCAACCAUAAUUAUUGUGGGGUUGGAUUUGUCAAUUGAAGCAGAGGGUAGAGACCGGGUCGACUUCUUCCUUCCUGGACACCAGACCCAUUUGGUGAACGAGGUUGCAAAUGUUGCCAAAGGACCAGUUAUUUUGGUGGUCAUGGCUUCUGGUACUAUUGACAUUUCGUUUGCCAAGGAUAACCCUAAAAUCAAAGCCAUUCUCUGGGUUGGUUAUCCUGGCCAAGAAGGUGGACGUGCCAUUGCUGAUGUUGUUUAUGGAAAAUACAACCCUGGUGGAAAGCUACCAGUUACAUGGUACCCUGCUGAUUAUGUAGACCAGCUACCCUUGACAUCCAUGCAACUAAGGCCUGAUGAUGAGCUGGGUUACCCAGGAAGAACUUACAAAUUCUACAAUGGCUCCACCGUCUACCCAUUUGGUUAUGGCCUGAGCUACACUCAGUUCAUGCAUCAAAUAACAACUAAAGUGAACUCUAUUGAUGUCAAAUUGAAGAGUCGACAAUACUGCCGUGACCUCAGCUACGAGGAAGGGGAAUAUACUACGCCCCAAUGCGCUGCUGUUCUUGUUAGUGACAUGAGCUGCGACAAGCAGUUUGAGUUUGAGGUGGAUGUUGAGGUCAGAAACACAGGAAGCGUCGAUGGAAGUGAUGUGGUGAUCGUAUACUCGAGGCCUCCCAGAGGCGUCGCAAGGACUCAUUCCAAGCAGGUGAUAGGGUUUGAGAGGGUCUUUGUGCCAAAGGGACAGACCCAGAAUGUGAAGUUUGUCUUCAAUGCUUGUAAGAGUUUGAUGGUGGUAGAGAGAAAUGGUUACAGCCUUCUGCCGUCCGGGAUACACAGCAUAAUCGUUAAUGAUGAUGAGGCUUCAACUCCAAUCCAAGUGAACAUUCAUUAGCUARGCAUUAGGGUAGUCUGAGAAAUGUGUUGCAGAUUUAGGUGAUUAGAAUGUAAUUGCACUCUAGAUCUUAGUGUACUUAGUAGG